CGUCGUCGAAUUUCCGCCCGCACCACCCACACCGCACCGCCUGCACCAGCCGAACCCGCGCGCCUCUUCGCACACGGUCCCCGCGACACCGCCCCGCGAAGAACAGCCCACCAUGGCGUCCGCAGCCACCAACGGCGAGUCCGUCGCCGACAAGUACUCGCUGCUGCCGCAGAUGAUGCCGCACUUCGACCGCCACCUGCUGUACCCGCUGCUCAACUUCCCCCCGCCCGCCGAGGACGAGGAGCAGCCCAUCGAGAAGCAGAAGGUGCUGUUCGAGCUGCUCAAGCCCACCUACAUGACGGGCUACGUCGGCCAGCUCGCCCAGAACAUCAACAACCUCGACAGCAUUCCCGACGAGUACCUGCAGAAGCAGGAGCAGGAGAAGAAGCGCCUGGCCGAGCUCGAGGAGUCGACCGUCAAGAUCAUGGAGCUCCUCACCGACGAGACCGUGCUCGGCGGCCUGCGCAGCGACAAGCAGCAGAACUUGGCCUUCUUGGAGAAGGAGCACGGCGUGACCGUGCCCAUGGUCGAGCAGCUCUACGAGGAGGCACAGUUCAAGUACGGCUGCGGCCUGUACGGCGAUGCCGCUGACAUACUGACGCGCUACCGUAUCCUGACGACCGACAACGACAAAGAGCGCGAGGCCACCUGGGGCAAGCUCGCCUGCGAAAUCCUCUCCACCGAGUGGGAGUCGGCCAUUGCCGAGAUCGAGAAGAUCAAGGAGCUCAUCGACGGCCGCCUCAUGACCAACCCGCUGGCCCAGCUGCAGCAGCGCACCUGGUUGAUCCACUGGUCGCUCUUCCCGCUCUUCAACGACGAGCAGGCUCGCGAAAAGAUCACCGAGACCCUGUUCCAGCCCGCCUACAUCAACACCAUCCAGACAAACUGCCCCUGGAUCCUCAGAUACCUCGCUACCUCCGUCAUCACCGCCCGGAACGCCGGCCGCAACCAGGGCGCCUACCAGAAGCAGCUCAAGGACCUCAUCCGGAUAGUGCGACAGGAGGGCUACGAGUACAGCGACCCCGUCACCGACUUCAUCAAGGCGCUAUACAUUGACUUCGACUUCGAGGAGGCACAGAAGAAGCUCAGCGAGUCGGAACAGAUCCUCGAGAACGACUUCUUCCUGCUGCAGUCUGCGGGUCCCUUCGUCGAUGCCGCGAGACAUCUCAUCUCCGAGAGCUACUGCAAGAUCCACCAGAGGAUCGAUAUUGGCGACCUCUCCACCCGCCUCGGCCUCUCACAAGACGAGGGUGAGAAGUGGAUCGUCAACCUCAUCCGGGACACCCGCGUCGACGCAAAGAUCGACUACCAAGCCGGCACAGUCGUCAUGAACCACCCCCCGCAAUCCGUCUACCAGCAAGUCAUCGAGCGGACAAAGGGCGGCUUCUUCAGGACGCAGGUCCUCAGCGCCGCCGUCGCGAAAUGAGCGCGCUAGACGGGUUAGAUGUCGUGCUUUUCAGGUGGCGAGUCAUAGAUGCUCAACAAAAAGGGAGCGCUCGUGGGGAUGAGGGGACGAAAGCGGACUACGCGAUGACGGACGGUAUGAAUGUGGUCUCACGGCUAUGCAUGGAUCACGGGCGUCUCGGGACUGCGUGCUUGGGGCAUGCUUGCUUGAUUUGGCACGAUUAGCAUUUUUUGGGGUCGGCGAUAUCUUGGAUUGUAUGCGAGGCGAUGUAGUCACACGAGGUAGCAAUGAAGAGAGAAAUCACACGCCAUGACUGGCUUUGGAGGCUGGGUGGAGGUGCUGAGAGAG